GUCACAGUAUGUGAGAAGCACGCACGAGCAGGAAGAAGGGAAAGGCAAUCAGUACUGAGGGUAUCUUACUGGGACUACAUCAGGCAGUAAUUUGUCAAGGCUAUCGGGGAGGAAAGGAAUUACGGAGUAAUGUGGUUAGGAACAGCUGCUAACGUGCUACUUUUCUGUUUCUUUUUGCUGGAGUUUCAUUCUAGAGCAGCUGGUGAAUCUGAAUGCUACGAAGGGCAGUUUCAAUGCAAAAAUGAAAGAUGCAUUCCCGUAGUUUGGAGAUGCGAUGACGAGGAUGACUGCACUGACAAUAGUGAUGAAGAAGACUGCCCAAAAACAACAUGUGCCUCAACGGAUUUUGUUUGCAAGGAUGGGCACUGUGUUCCAGCAAGAUGGCAGUGUGAUGGAGACGAGGAGUGCCCUGACGGCUCGGAUGAAGCAGCAUGUAGUAAACAAGUGUGCCCUCCUGAGAAGUUCAGCUGUGGGGAUUCUAGCAAUAAAUGUAUACCUGCCUCGUGGAGAUGUGAUGGUGCACCUGACUGUGCAAAUGGCACAGAUGAGGAUGGCUGUGUUACAGCAUGCCAAGCCAACGAAUUCCAGUGCAGUUCUAGAAAAUGCAUCGCCAAGGUCUUUAUGUGUGAUGGUGAUGACGACUGUGGGGAUGGCAGCGAUGAGAAGAAGUGUUCUCCACCUGUUUGCGGACCUCAUGAAUUUCAGUGUAAUAACAGCAAUGUCUGCAUCCCUGAUUUGUGGGUGUGCGACAACCAUGCUGACUGUGCAGACCAAUCUGAUGAAGCCCUAGAGAAGUGUGGACGUCAAAUUGAGCCUGAACGACCCAGUGGAUGCUCAGCUAGUGAGUUUCAGUGCAGCAGUGGAGACUGUAUCCAUUUGAACUGGAAAUGUGAUGGUGAUGAAGACUGCAAGGAUAAAUCAGAUGAGAAGGAUUGUCCACUAGUGACAUGCCGACCUGAUGAAUUCCAGUGUGGUGAUGGUUCUUGUAUCACAGGGGUCAAGCAGUGCAACUGGGUCUAUGAUUGUCUAGAUAACAGUGAUGAAGCUGGUUGCAUCAGCUCAGUGAAAUGUGAGGGACCUUCAAAGUUCCUCUGUGGGUCUGGAGAGUGCAUUGACAGCAAGAAGGUCUGUGACUCCAAGAAAGAUUGCAAAGACUUGUCAGAUGAGCCCUGGAAUGAAUGUGGCCUUAAUGAGUGUCUGAACAACAAUGGAGGUUGUUCUCACAUAUGCAGAGACUUGAUGCUUGGCUAUGAAUGUGACUGCCCUCCUGGAUACGAGCUUCUAGACAAGAAAACGUGUGGAGACAUAGAUGAAUGUGAGAAUCCAGACGCUUGCAGUCAGAUCUGCGUGAACUACAAAGGCGACUACAAGUGUGAAUGCUAUGAGGGCUUUGAAAUGGACCCGGUAACCAAGAACUGCAAAGCUGUAGGCAAAAGUGCAUACUUAAUCUUCUCCAACCGCCAUGAGAUUCGCAAGAUUGAUUUGGUGAGCAAGGACUACACACGGGUUGCUCCCUCCCUCAAAAAUGUAGUAACUUUAGAUGUUGAAGUAUCAACAAACAAGAUAUACUGGUGUGACUUGUAUCAUAAAAAGAUCUACAGUGCUUACAUAGAUAAAGCCAGCGACAUCUCUGAACAAAUCACUGUGAUAGAUCGACAUCUCCACUCUCCCGAAGGGCUAGCUGUAGACUGGGUUCACAAGAACAUAUAUUGGACUGACUCCGAGAAAAAAGUAAUCUCCGUGGCAACUGCAGAUGGAAGCAAGAAAACCACCCUCAUCAGCAAAGAGCUGAGAGAGCCAAGGUCAAUAGCUGUAGACCCACUAAGAGGUUUCAUGUACUGGUCUGACUGGGGCAGCCCAGCAGGGAUUGAAAAGGCAGGGUUGAAUGGUAUGAACCGGCAGAUAUUGGUAUCCAAGAACAUCGAAUGGCCCAAUGGAAUCACACUAGAUUUGUUAAGCCAACGAUUGUAUUGGGUAGACUCUAAGCUCCACCAGCUUUCUAGCAUUGAUUUCAAUGGGGCCAACAGGAAAGUUCUUAUCUCCUCUCCCAACUACCUGAGUCAUCCUGCUGCCUUGGCAGUAUUUGAGGACAAGGUAUUUUGGACUGACCUGGAGAAUGAAGCAGUUUUCUGUGCCAGUCGAGUAAAUGGCCAAGAUAUUUUCUUACUCACUGAAAAUCUGAAUAAUCCUCACUCGAUUGUGGUGUUUCAUGAGCUCAAACAACCGCAAGCGGAGAACUACUGUAACCAUGGCUUAUUACCCAAUGGUGGCUGCGAGUACCUGUGCCUUCGAGCUCCAAAUAUCACUGGGCAUUCACCAAAAUAUACAUGUGCCUGCCCUGAAUCUAUGCAUCUGGCUUCUGACAUGAGACACUGUGAGCCAGAUGUUCCAACAGUGCCUGUUUUGAAGCCAUCUCCUUCUCCCACCGUAGUUGCUACUGCAUCACCUAGUCCUGCUGUAAGAACUGUUCCGACAGUAGCAGCACCAACAGUAUUCUCGAGUACUGUAGUCAUCCGGAGUAAACUUGGAACUCCAGAACUUACAAACAGAUCUAGAACUACCGAAUCUGCAGAUGGAACAGUAAAUAACAGCAAUUUAUCACAGCAGUCUGUAAGUGGUCUGGGAUCUACAAUAACAGCAGCUGUAAUGGGCAUCGUCAUCCCCGUAGUUUUCAUUGGUUUAAUCUGUAUGGGAGGAUAUCUGAUCUGGCGUAAUUGGAAACGGAAGAACACAAAGAGCAUGAACUUUGAUAAUCCAGUGUACAGAAAAACAACACAAGAAGAGGAAGAGGAGGAAGAAAUUCAUAUUGGAAGGACUAUACAAAUAGGCCACGUCUACCCACCACGUGUGGCACUGAGUGUUGAAGAUGACGGACUACCGUAAGAUCUAGCAUCUGCCUACUGCGGGUCCACACUUAAGAACAAAAGCAGAAACAAUUCUACAGAAUGACUCUAACUUCAAGAAGCCAGCAAGAGUACAAGAAAUAUUUAUGUUGCAAUUGGGUAACCACAAAGUGUUGACUAAAUGUAAGCAUCCAAAGGAUGUGUAUGUGUUUGUGUCCUUACUUUUAUAUAAGUUUACCUUGUUGCACUACCCUGUAUGUAGUAGCUGCAAACCUGUUGCUGAUGACCAACUAACCUCAUGUUCCUUAUGUAUAUAACAACCACAUUUGACAUAGCCAGGCAUCCUUUUAAAAUAUUAUAUUUAUAGACGUUUUGUAUAUAUAUACAUAUGUAUAUAUAGUAAAAGUGUUUUGUGGUUACCAUUCAGCAUAAAUAAAAAUUCCAACCACACACACACAGAAAAAGUGCAUUGUUAACAUAAUAAUUUCUGAUUCAGAAUGGAUGUAUUUAUAGCAUCAAGGAAAAAAAGUAUCUUGUUUGUAUUUUCGGCUUUUGUCAUUUGUCAUGUACAUUACAUUUAUGUCCAAACUGACUGCUAUAUAAAGGUCUCAGUGUACUGUAAUAACAGGGUACUUAAUAGUGUUAAAAGAUCCUAAAUACAGAGAGAACAAAAA